AUGGCUCGUUUGGUGUUGCAAAAUGUAAUUUUCAGUGAUGCCUGUAGAAAGGAUUUGCGAGAAACGCGUAAUUUGCGUAGGAUUGCUCGGUACGCCGAUAAAGCACUUGCUAUGAGUGAUGACGAAUUUAAGCGAAAUUAUCGUGUCACCAAGGCAUUGUUCCAUUAUUUAUAUCAAGAGCUAAAACCCUUGAUGCAAGCUCCUAAAAGAAGAAGUGAUAUCAGUACAAAAUACAAGAUACUAGUAGCACUUUCAUUCUAUGCAACUGGCAGCUACCAACGCCUAGUAGGAUGUUCACUAGGUACUCCCAUGUCGCAGCAAUCAGUAUCUCGGGCAUUGAGGGAUGUGACAGCAGCAUUGAAUGACCCGACAAUCCUGCAUAAAUACAUAAAAUUUCCUCAAACUGUUCCAGAACGCAAUUUAUUAAAAGAAGGUUUUAUGAAUAAUUUCGCAUUCCUGGAGUAAUAGGAUGCAUAGAUGGAACCCAUGUGGC